AUGAUUUAAUUAGCGUUUUUAUUAUUUGUUCUAACACUUGGAUAAGACAUAGAAGAAGAAGAGUAACUUAUUAAGUUUAUUUAGACUCUCUAAAAAAAUUGGUGCUUGUUGGAUGAAAACUAUUAAGGAUAUUAAUAAUGAAAAAGAUAAUAUGGGCAAAAUUAUUAAAAGUGUAGAAAAUGCUAAUAAAACAUUGAUCUUUCAUAAAAUAUAAAUGUCUAUGAUUUUAUAAUGUGAAUCUUUGAUUGAUAUCAAUAAUGAAGUAAUUUUUUAAUUAAAAUGUUGAAGAAUUAUUUAACUUUAAGUUAUAAGGAUGUUGUAAAGGAUUUUGAUUAUAAAUAAUAUAUUGGAAUAGAAUUUUAAUUAACUAAAGAAGAAGAAACAUUAUUGAGAAUUAUUAAAAAAAUGGAGAAGGACUUAAGUGAAUUAAACAAAUAAAAUUAAAUUAAAUAAUAAUAUAAGCAAACAUAAUAGGUUGAAAAAGAUUGGUAAGAUGCAUAUAAAACAAAUUAAGCUGAAUCUACUUUACUAACAAAACCAAAUUAUUUUCAUUAUGCAUUCUUUUUGGUUUUGUUUGUUGCAAUAUUUGGAGGAGGUUUUUGGAGUGUAAAAAUGAUCUAAGGAAUGAAAGAUAGUUCAAAUAAAAAUUAAAAUAAAGCAAAAUGA